AAGAAAAAAAAAAAAAAGAGAAAGCUUUCCAGUCGGGUCACGUGACCGCACGCCGCCAUAGUUCAAGAUGGAGGCCGUGCUUGUCAACGGCUUCGCCGUUAGCUAGCUAGCUGCGUACGAUAAUGACGGUGUUUAAUGACAAAUGAGGGACUUUUAGGCGUCUUAAAGCGUACAACCAGGAGAUUUUUUAUUUUAUUUAUUUUUGCCUAAGUCGGGAUGCGGAUUUACAGCUUUUGAUCGCCAUGACGCGGUAGUUUCUUGGUAAACACGGACCACCUGAAGAGUAUUCAGAUAAGAGACAGAAAAGUCAAUGAUCUUAAUCAUUAAUCGUUAAUCCCGUUUGGAGAGACAUCGAUAUGGCGCUGAGGGAGCUGAAAGUUUGCCUUCUAGGGGAUACUGGAGUAGGAAAGUCGAGUAUUGUUUGCAGAUUUGUGGAGGACAGCUUUGACCCAAAUAUCAACCCAACAAUCGGGGCAUCGUUCAUGACCAAGACCGUGCAAUACCAAAGCGAGCUGCACAAGUUCCUGAUCUGGGACACGGCAGGACAGGAGCGGUUUCGAGCCCUGGCGCCGAUGUACUACAGAGGUUCAGCAGCAGCCAUCAUCGUCUAUGACAUCACAAAAGAGGACUCCUUCCAAACUCUGAAGAACUGGGUGAAAGAGCUUCGCCAGCACGGCCCUCCUAACAUAGUGGUCGCCAUUGCCGGCAACAAAUGUGACCUGUCGGACGCCAGAGAAGUGCUGGAAAAGGAUGCCAAGGACUAUGCCGACUCCAUACACGCGAUCUUUGUGGAAACCAGCGCCAAGAACGCCAUAAACAUCAACGAGGUGUUUGUAGAGAUAAGUAAGCGGAUCCCCGUUGCUGACGCUGCAGGAGGAACCUCAGUCAGAGGUUUCAAACUGGGACGACAGGCCUCGGAGUCUCGAAGGACAUGCUGCUGAUGAUGCCGGCGACUGGAGUCAACACCACCUGAGCCCUCACUGUCAGCAUCCCGCUCCCGGUGCGCUUCGGCGUAAAGACUCGCCACGCCAUCAGCAAAAACGCCGCCGCAGCACCACUCCGACACGGUUUUCUGGCUCUCCUCUAAAGCAGAUCACCGUGUUUCGCGCUCGAAACGCUCGCAGAAGAAACGUCUCAGGUUUAACCGGACGUUGCCAAAAACAUUCAUACUUUAAUGGAGAGAUGGGAAAGUUUCAAGACUCCUCCCCCUCCCCCCCGGACGUCAGAGGUCGUUUAAAUUUGUACAUUUGUAAAAAAAAAAAAAAAAAAUCUGUCAACCAAAAAUAAUGCAUUGAAGUAAUUUAACCUUUCAGUUAUUUUUAAAAAAUAAAUGUAAGUUAUCUUUUUAUAUUUAGAAGAAAUAUGAAAACAUAUCUCGCUUCAUGAAGGAUCCCUGCUCGUUGUUUUUAUGUGUUUACUCUGUAAUUUAUUUAUGUAAAACAUUUUAUUGCCUGAUAGUUUUUUUGUUUGUUUUUAAACAAGGCGUCACCCCUAGAAGUUAUCUACAGGCCAAAGACAGUCGUGUAUAAAACAAUGCAGAAGCGAAAGAGGUGUGGGAGCCCAGUUCCUUCACAGCGAAGGAAUAGUUCAACAUUUUGGCUAAAUUCUGUUACUGUCCUAAAUGUGGGGUUCGUUUCCCGCCGUAUCAUUCAGACAGAAGGAGACCAACCCGCAUUUAAAGCGUUUGUCUUAAUAUAAUCUAGCCCCCGUGUUAGAAGUCCUUGUUAUUGGAAACUCGUCUUGUCUCUUUGGUUUUUGAAGAAUCGUCUCAUCGGCGCUUGUAAGGUUCCUGUGAAUAAUCCGUCGUUGCAGUAAUUGAACAUCUUUGAUGGGAAGAACGUUGAAUGCAGAAUCCCCGUGCUUAAUCAGCGCUUUAAACGGUGGCUAAUUAUUCCACGUUAACGCGGCCAUCUCCUGCCAUCUGUUCUGCAUUUCCUCCUCAUGGUCACAGAGGACGCCCUCCGUUGCACACGCGCGCGUUAAUUGUUCAUCCUUCAACGGCGUUUAAUGAGGGAAGCCGCUCUAUGCCAGAUUCUGUAAUAGUCCGACAAAGAUGUUUUCAUCUUUUCCCUUUUUUUUUUUUUUAUGUAUUAUUUAUUUUUUUUUUACCUCAUCAGCACUGCCUUGAACUUCCAAGAACCGUUUUACUACUUGGCUUGUGAUGAAUAUGCUGAGAUCUGGAAAAUUGGCCUCGUUUAACGAAAAGAGCUCAGAUCUCAUGUUAGCAAGUUAGCAGGUUUUACGGGCGGAGAGUUAGACGCGGCUCUGCGUCGGCACGCCGACCCCUCGCUGACUUUUAUCCGCGUUCGACCCUGAAUGACGGUAGCUGCCUUGCUCCAGAGUUCACGAUUAGAUUUUCCUUUCUUUCACUGAUUGUGCCUCGUUUUUCUUUAACGCCAGGGCCUUCCUUCGUUGUAGUACAUAUUUUAACUUUAGGAUUUGGGAUUUUAAUUCUGCAUUGCAGUGGUAUAAUGAUUCAUCCUUUCAUACAGCACUAACUGGACUUUGUAUUGUUUUUUUGCCCAGUUUGUUCUUUAAAUCAGGGUCAAAACAAAACGGAAAGAGAAACCGAUGUUGACAUAAUGAGACUAGAGGUUCAGAUACACUGAGCAGCAUUUUACUUAUGUUACUAUCAAUAUAGACCUUUUUGUCCUUAUCGAUUUAAAUCAUGAUUUUUAAUUGAUAAGCUGUGUACUAGGCAACAAUUUAAAAAUUUUCUGAUUUUUCUGAAUGCCAGAAUUUAAAGUAAACGUUGUAUCAUGGUUAUGCGCUCAUUGUUUCGCAACACCCAUCAAACUUAAUAGCACCCCUGGUACAGAUAUGUUAAGAAAAAUGUAUUUAAAGAAUCAUAGAGACUAAAAGGACCUCGGUCCUCGUUCGUCAUAGUUUCCAGUUGUAUUUCUCUGACACUCUUACACUUUAUAAGCAGGUUUAAGCGAGUCGUCAUUUUGUUCUAGCGACUUUCUAACGCAAUCGGGAGAUUGAACUUUGCCUCCUUUUCAUAUAUUUAUUUCACAGGUAAACAGUGGGGGGGGGAGCAAAUGUAAAAGUUCCUAAACACUCACUUUAAAUGCUUCAGUUAAAUUUAUUAUGUAAAGUUGGUGUGGAGUUCAUCACAUUGUGGUACCAGUGAUUUUGAAUUCGUCACAUGGAAUAUUUCCUCCCCACUGUAUUAGUGUACUCUAAUUAAAAGCUUGAGUUUUCGAAAGUUUUAGUGAGAUUAGCCUGUUGCGAUUAAAAAGAAUAAAAAAAAAGAUUAUUUUCCAGCGUUUCACACAUCCCAACCAGCGGUGCUAAUAAGUGAAUGGCAGUGUGAGUUAAUUGAAAGUCCCAUGCCGUCUGAAAAUCAGAGAAAAUGCUUUUAGUCGCCUCGUUAGUCUUCAUCACAGCUUCAGGAAACAUAUUGGAAAGGGACAACACUUUAGUUGUUUAAAAGCUGCACUUUGACUGUUAGUUAUUCCAUCACUUCAUGAAAUCUUUGUGAACUUUUUUAUGUCCCUCGGUUUGUAUUUCCUUUUCUUUUUUUUAAGGUUUUCACUCCUUUGGUUUUACUUCUGGUGCCAAAGCCCUUUCACUGAUUCACAUUUACCCAUCAUAGCUGUUUGUUACGAUAUGAUUUUAUUAGUUUUUUUAUUAUAACACAGAUAUCUUCUCUGAUUAGUUCACAAAGAAGCAUUAUGCAGUGACAUUUUUUAAUGCACCAGUUUUGGUUUCUUCGUUGAAACUUCAAAUUAACAAAAAGUCUUGGGCUGGCCCUAAGAAUUUGAUUGAUUUGUAAUAUGUGCAUUUCUACAGUGAAGAUAUUAGCCAUCGAUUUGCACACAAGUUAAUGUCUAUACUCGUAUUUUGUGUUGUUUGUGCGAAAACAAUAUCUCUCUGUACGCCAUGUUGGGUACAUAUAUCUGCAGUGUAGUUACCAUAUUUAGCUUUUUAUUUUUUCAUACUGAUUGUAACAAAACACCUGCAAAGACAUGUUUGCAGUGUAAGGCCAAAUGUGUGAAAAAAGGGAAUAUUUGACUAAUAAAACUGAUUCAAAAAAUGAA